AUCUCAAGACGGAUAAUACAAGCCGAAUGCUGCGCUGUGAGGUCGCGAGGCGACACAUACUAACUAACGCACUUCUCGGGCUCAAACGCGAUAAAAGAACAGCGGUGUGGAUGAAUCAUAUCAGUAUAACGUGGGAGUUUGCAACAACCAGACUGGCAGCAUCCUCUAGUCCAUUGCCAAGGCUACGUUCCAUCCAACAUCAAGAUCAUCUAACUCGUUCCUUCAUUGUCUACGACGGUUCAGUGAAUCGACGCAACCGCCAUGAUUGACGCGUGGACCAUAACCGUGGCCCUGCUCGCCGCAGGCGCGGUGGCGGCCUAUUAUUACCUGAAAAGUGUGCACAGUUUCUUCAAAGACACCGGAAUUCCGGUGGCGCAGACGUUGCCAAUUCUCGGCAACUCGUGGAAGGUAUUCAUGCAAAAAUCCUCCUUCGCCGAGACGAUUCAAGAACUUUACAACACCUACCCCGAAGCGAAAUACAUGGGGUACUUCGACUUCCUCACGCCGACGAUCAUGAUCCGCGACCUGGACCUGAUAAAGUCCAUCACGGUGAAGAACUUCGACCACUUCCAAGAUCACCGCUCACCGCCGGACGUAUCGGAGCCGUUGUUCACCAAGAACCUAUUCUCCCUACGGGGAGACCAAUGGAAAGAAAUGAGGAACAUGCUGAGCCCAGCCUUCACGUCCAGCAAGAUGAAAGCGAUGUACCAUUUGAUGCACGACUGCGCGGUACGGUACGGGGAGAUUCUGGUCACGUUGCCCGCGGAGAAGAGGUCCGUAGAGCUGAAGGACGCGUUCGCCAGGUAUACGAACGACGUGAUCGCCACUUGCGCGUUCGGGCUGACCGUAGACUCCAUGACACACCGCACCAACAAGUUCUACGUAUACGGCAGGAAAGCCAUGACCUUCGGCAUUUGGCGGACGUUGAAGUUCUUCAUGAUACGCGGUCUACCUUUCCUAACCAAUGCGCUCGGCAUAAGGCUGACCAGCAGAAAGAUAUCCGACUUCUUCUACGACUUGGUGUCGUCCACCAUUAAAACCAGAGACGAGCAGGGCAUCGUCCGACCGGACAUGCUUCAGUUGAUGAUGGAGACUAGAGGGAAGUUAGGGCCGGGCAAGGAACUGACGAUCGAGGACAUGACCGCGCAGGCGUUCAUCUUCUUCGCCGGUGGGUUCGAGAGCAGUUCGACCCUCAUGUGCUUCGCUGCUUACGAGAUCGGAGUGAAUCCGGACAUUCAACGGAGGCUGCAGGAGGAGAUCGACGAGGUGCUGCAGAGUAAUAAUGGAAAGGUGUCUUACGAAGCUAUCAAUGACAUGAAGUAUCUGGACGCUAUUAUAAGCGAAGCUCUGAGGAAGUACCCGGUGGCCGCUUUUGUGGACAGAGUUUGCACGAAACCUUUCGAGCUGCCGCCGGCACUGCCAGGGGGGAAACCGCAUCUGGUCAAGAAGGGCGAAUACCUCGCGAUACCGAUUUACGGGGUGCAGUUGGAUCCUCAGUACUACGAGGAGCCGACGAAGUUCAAUCCGGACCGGUUCCUCGACGAUUCGAAGAAGAUCCUGAACUCUCCGAUAUUUUUGAGCUUCGGCAUGGGUCCGAGGAUGUGCAUCGGCAACAGGUUCGCGCUUCUGGAGACCAAGGCCUUGCUGUUCAACGUGUUCGCUCGGUGUGACUUCAAGCCUAACGAGAGGACACCUAUACCGAUGAAGUUGAGCAAGAAGGGGUUCCAAAUGUCAGCCGAAGGUGGAUUUUGGUUCGAUGUCGUACCGAGGAAGACUGUCAACCACGUGCUUGUCAGUUCUACGUCGAAUGGUAGUGUUAGAUGUUAACUGUAACUUUGGAACGUAUUUCUAGAUAACGAUUUCUUAUUUCUGUAAUAAUUCACUUAUGAUCACAUGAUUGUUUAUAUCAUGCAGGUGAUAGCGUUCCAUGCACAUGGUGAAAUGUAAAUCAGGAAAAGUAUUAAACACACUCGUGUAAUUUUUUAAUAACAUUGCAAGAUAGCUCUUUACGCUUUACCUACUGAAGACUUGUAAAAAUAAUUUUCUUUCAAAUUAUAAGCCUGAGAGAAAUAUUAGUUUAUAUAAAUAAGACUCGUUGACGAAUGCUUAUAAUUGUCAUUGUCAUUGACAGAUGUAUUGAGAAAUCGUUUGUUGUUAACAAACGUUUGUUGUUGACUUUUGUAAACUACUUAAGUAACCGCCACGCUGAUUGAUAGUGUUAAUUAGUAGUUGUUGUGAUAAACGUAGGUGCUUUAAUGUUACCUACUCGAAUAAGAAAACUUUUACGAAGAACGAUUUUAGAUAUAACUAUAAAUUAUAUGAUUAGCUUUAUGAAGAAAGUGAUUCAUUUCUAGUAAAGCAAGUAAUCAAACAGUCCCUUAUAAUCUUAAGAACUCUUCAUUAUUUAUACCUAUUAUUUCAAAACGUUUAUGAAAAUAAAGGUUACUGCAUAACUAA